UUAUGAUAUAUGUCAUCUACUGCUCAGUGAUUUGCAUAAUAGUGGAUCCUAAAUUAUCAACGAAUCAGUGCACUGCUAUCUAGGGCAAUAUGCUCUCUGAGUAAUGCUAUGGCUAGCGAGUGUGUGGAGUGAAUUUUCCUUUCGUUUUCUCAGUGUUUCCCAGCAACCAAACAGAAGAAAACAGAGCAGAGCCCAUGACAUCACGAGGAGCCAAUGCACUGCUAUCUAGGGCAAGCCGAAUCAAAUCAAAGCUCCAAACGGCACUGGAGGCGACCGUUUUGGAGGUAGACGACGUGUCGUACAAGCACGCAGGCCACGCCGCCGUGCGAGAAAACCCUAACAACGAGACGCAUUUCGAUGUGAAGAUCGUGUCGAGCAAGUUCGACGGCCAGAGCCUCGUGAAACGACACCGUAUGGUGUACGAUCUCUUGGCCGAUGAACUUCAGUCCGGCUUGCAUGCCCUAUCUAUUGUCGCAAAAACUCCCAAUGAAGUCCGCCAAGAUUGAUUGGUUUCAUUUCUUGUGAGUACUGGAAACAGACUUCUCAAUUUUAAUUCAUAAUGUAUUUUGUGAGUGUAUGUAGUUCUUUGCAUUAUUGAUGAUAACUCUAUCCAAUAGCUAUGCUAUGUGGUUAUUUUUAUGUGUUUUUAUCUGCAGUAU